UCUCUGAAAAUAAAAAUAAAAAAAUAAAAAGAAAUAAAAAGUGAGAGAAGAACUUUCAAGAAGCAGAGAAAAAUCGCAACAAAAAACCGUUGCGGUUUCGAUAAAGCUGAACAGACUCACCGGAGUAGUCGUCGCCGGAGAUGAAGCACAUUUUCAAGAAGCUUCACAUAGGCAGCAACCACGACCCGGCCCGAUCGAACGAGCCACCACCACUAGCAGGACCAUCCGGAGCAGCGUCGACCUCCGCCGUGACGUCACCGUCAUGCGGCUCCGAUCACCACCGCCAGGGCGCGGGGAGCGGUCCUCCGGCGAGUCCUUUUUCUCCGGCUUCGUCAUCGGCGUCGCCGGGGCCUGCGGCGAGAGGUGGCGCGGGAGGGCCGGCGACUGUGAAGGCGGCGGUAGGGAGUCGGGGGGACUAUAUGUUGUCGGAGGAGGAGUUUCAGGUGCAGCUUGCUUUGGCGAUCAGCGCUUCGAAUUCGGACGGUCACGAUGAUCCGGAGAAUGAUCAGAUCCGCGCGGCGACGAUGCUGAGCUUGGGCGGCGGCCGCGGGGUUGAUCAGACGGGGGAUGAGGUGGAGGCGGCGACGGCGGAGACGCUGUCGAGGCACUAUUGGGAAUACAAUGUGCUAGACUAUGGGGAAAAAGUGGUUGAUGGGUUUUAUGAUGUAUAUGGAAUUUCGGCAGAUGCUGCAGUACAAGGGAAAAUGCCUUCUCUCACAAAUAUUGAAAAAAACCUUGGGAGAUCUGCAUUUGAAGUUUCAUUAGUAAAUCGUACAAUUGAUCCUACCUUGGAAGAGUUGGUGCAAAUUGCACAGUGUAUUGCGGUAGACUGCCCCGUCACCGGUGUUGGGGUACUGGUACAAAGGCUUGCUGAACUCGUUAGCGAACAUAUGGGCGGGCCUGUAAAGGAUGCUAAUAUCAUCUUGGCGAGAUGGAGUGAAAGAAGUUCAGAAUUGAGGACGUCUCUGCAAACAAGUGUACUGCCUAUUGGGUUCAUAACCAUUGGCCUCUCCCGACACCGUGCUUUACUUUUCAAGGUAUUAGCCGACAGUAUCAAGAUUCCCUGCAGACUGCUUAAGGGUGUGCAAUACACUGGUGUUGAGGAUGGUGCUGUAAAUGUAGUAAAGUUGGAAGAUGAUGGGGAAUUUAUGGUGGAUCUUAUGGCUGAUCCUGGAACACUCAUACCAGCUGACAUUUCAAGUGCCAAGGACACUAACUUCAAGCCAGUCAAUCCGAAAUCAAACACAAUCCCAACUUUCCCUUCUUUGAUUGAUGCUGAAGUUGUGUACUCAAGACGAAAGCCAUUACAUGGAGAGGGAAGCAGCCAAAACUCUGAAAGCACUGAGAAAGCAGAAGCAUUCUGGGGUGCAAUUGGCGACACAGGCUUUGGUUCUUCUGAUAUACCCAAGAGAGCAACUCAAUUAGAUCAUCUUCCCUCAUCAGCUUUUGAAACUUCUCGAUACAGAGGGAACCGUGGGACACAUGCAGUUGAUGGUGCAAGGACGAAUCUAAAUGUAGUUCCAUAUGCUCAAAAUAACUCGGAGGACUCUAACAAUCUUUUUGCAGAUCUUAACCCAUUCCAAAUAAAGGGAACUGGGAAAGCUCCUGCGCAUAACAAACCUUUGGAGAAUAAGGCCGAUGAGCUUCAGAGACCAAGAAAUAAUCUUGCCUCAUACACAAAAAAUGUUCAUGCACACAAUGAAGUCCCUAAAAAGAAGGAGUAUGAUUAUUUACAUGGAAUUAUACCUAGAGUUAAUCGAGAGCCCAAUGGCUAUAAUCCAUCGUCUUCAGCUUCUACCAGCUCUGCUAAAUCUGAACAGAUCAAUGCUGGUGGUUUCAAUUCAACUGCAGCCCCCAAUAUGUCCGUAUAUUUACAAAGUGGUUCUGUAGAACGUGAGAAUACUGUAAAUGGCUUCCAUGAUCGAAGAAAGUUCACGCAUGAAAGAUUCAUGGAGACCAAUUCUAAAUUGAAGGAUCCAGAGAGUUGCAACUCAUCCUUUGAUUCCAUUUCAAGUAGGGUUGAGCAAGUAUUUGAUGAUGUUGAUGUAAGUGAAAGCGAAAUUCCAUGGGAAGACCUGGUUAUUGGAGAAAGAAUUGGACUAGGUUCAUAUGGAGAAGUGUACCAUGCUGACUGGAAUGGCACGGAAGUUGCUGUGAAGAAGUUCCUGGACCAGGAUUUCUCGGGUGCUGCUUUGGCUGAGUUCAAAAGAGAAGUACGGAUAAUGCGUAGGCUGCGCCAUCCAAAUGUUGUGCUUUUCAUGGGUGCUAUUACACGUUCUCCCAACCUCUCUAUCAUUACUGAGUUCCUCCCAAGGGGAAGUCUAUAUCGGAUUAUACAUCGUCCUCAUUGUCAAAUUGAAGAGAGACGAAGAUUAAAGAUGGCACUUGAUGUGGCAAGGGGUAUGAAUUGCUUGCAUUCAAGCAACCCGACUAUUGUUCACCGGGAUUUGAAGUCUCCAAAUCUAUUGGUUGAUAAGAACUGGAAUGUGAAGGUAGGUGAUUUUGGACUGUCGCGCUUGAAACACAACACUUUCUUGUCCUCCAAAUCAACUGCUGGAACACCUGAGUGGAUGGCACCAGAAGUUUUGCGCAACGAAAACUCAAAUGAAAAGUGUGAUGUAUAUAGCUUUGGAGUAAUUUUGUGGGAGCUUGCUACCCUAAAGUUGCCUUGGAGUGGGAUGAACCCGAUGCAAGUUGUGGGUGCGGUGGGUUUCCAGAAUCGCCGCCUUGACAUCCCUAAAGAAGUUGAUCCACCUGUUGCAAGGAUCAUUUGGCAAUGCUGGCAGACUGAACCAAACUUGCGCCCCUCAUUUUCAGAGCUCACGGUAGCUCUCAAACCCUUGCAGCGGCUUGUCACUCCAUCAAAUAUGGACCAGCCCAGCUCACCUCUACGACAAGGCAUCUCAGUAAAUUCUAUACCUUGAAAAGCCUCGUUCUCUCAACUGUGAAUAAUGAGACAUAUUGCUUCUUUGCUUUGAAGUUAGGGUAGAGGAUAUAGAGUGAAUGGAGAAAAGCAUGUACAACAAUUGUGGUAUUUGUUAAUGCAUGACCUGCUACUGCUGCCCAAAGCUGCAGCUAAGUCCUCUUGUACAGUGUCCAUAGAAAAUAGUUUGUCCUUUUAUUUGUAAUUAAUUGUGUUAAUACCUCCCUGAUAAACUGAAAACUUUUGGUUGGGAAGAAAAUCAUUGAAGUAAAAUAGGUA